AUGACUUCAACACCCAUUUCGAUCGCAUCAGAACUCGUUCCGAUCCCAUCGAGCGUAGCCCUGCCCACACCCACCUCUUGUUCUCCAGGCAUCGCUCCCAAUGGUCUCAACACUACGGGACUCACAGGUCAGAUCUGUCAGGUCAACGUUCCUCCGAACGAUGUCAACAUCACAUCCUGCUGCAACAGCGAUGCCGAGGUCCGUGUCAUGAAUGACUGCACUCAGUGGUGCGAGGUGGACGACGGAAACGAGUUCUUCGACUGUGUCAAUGACAUGGCCCCCACGUCCUAUCCGUUCCUCGGUGGGCCGUGUCUAGUCUUGUCUGCGGCGAGUUCGAUUUAUACGAUAUCAUCAUCCAGCACCGGAAUCGCAUCGACACCGUCUAAUUCCCAAGAGACUCAGACGCCCGAAACCACUGAGGCGUCGCCUUCCACCACUGAGUCUGAAGAGGAUGGCGCUGAAGCAACGGAGACUCCCGAUGUCGAAGAAGAACGUAGCGAAAUCGUUCGUAUCUCAUUACCCAUGCACGAGUUCAAAGGCCAUGUCGAUGAUGUGCGCGAAGAAGCGGUUCACUAUCUACAAGAACAAGGCUUCUUCAAUGUCACUUCAAGUACAAGUAGUCUCAGCAACGAGAUCGCACCAAUCUUCGUUCGCGACCGGUUCAUUGGCGUCUCACAGAACAUGUACGAUAAUAUGAAGCCUGCUCUACAGCUUGCCAGUCGAUUCGUAAGCGAUGAACGAGUUCUGCAAUAUUUCUGGCAUCAAAUGAGAAGCACGACCUCACCUUCCAAAACCUUCGCAGCAGACUUCCCGCCACCACUUAUCUACACCUCGACCUCUCAGAACGAACACCCAUCCGUCUUGAUGGCCGACUGGAAGGAGAAGCUUCGCAACUUAGCUAGCGUUUUGACCUGGAAGGUGCAAGCAUCCGACCGUACACCGAAAGACAUGGAUAUGGGAUUAACCUUCGCGUUCAAAGACCUUCGAACGGCGUACACAGCGUACGCGACUAAGGACAGAAGCCAUAACGAUAUCUUGGGGCUUUCCAACUGGCCUAAAAUCGAUCUAGAGACCAAGAUACGUUCUUGUAUGGUAGCUUGGUGCGAUGAUGCGAUGGGUUCGGAUUGGCGAUAUCGCCCGGGAGGCUUGAAACAAACCAGCCCUUGUGUGCUAUUGCACUCAUUAUUCCGCAACUUGCUCGACCCGAGUCCCAAAGUCGCUACUCCAAUUACUUCUGAGCCUGCGGCACCACCGAUUGUACAAAACCUGGGUCCUCAAUUUCUUCUCGCUGUCGUCCUGGUUCAUGAGCUGGCACAUUGUCUCGACAAGUUCCCGGACUUCAAGUGCGCGGACCUUCGAGGUCAAACGCGCGAAGCUUUUGCUAGUGAGGAAGAAGCCAGGGUUCUUCCAUCUCCCGAAUGCGGUCUCUCUUGGGAGCGGUCAGUCUUCGGCGAGCGUUCUGUCCGAUUUGUCCAAUUCAUUGCUGACCAAGGCAAGGCACCAAUGAGCUACACAGAUGUCAGCGGUCUUGCUGUUCCAAAGUUUCUCCACAGCGACGAUCCUCCCGCUGUUUCAUCCCCUAUCUUUACAAUCGGUGAGAAAACCUACAAGGCCACGACUGACUUUACGAGCUAUGAGAAAGCAUUGAUCCCGUGGCAAUGGAUUUCAGACUGGUUCCAGGAGUCGCAUUGGCAUCCCGAUCGGACUCAUGAACAAGUACUGGCCUUGCCCUCUUUGGGAUGGAAAAUGUCCUAUGAACUCCCCGCGCCAGACGACCCGUCCACGAUCGCUGAUGAGAUUGUGAGGGUUCGGAUCAAAGUACCUCACGAUGAUGAGCAGGAAUAG